CGGUGAGUGAUGGGGUGAGCGUGCAACAUGCGGUGCGGUGUGCGCACAGUGUUUGUGCAAGGGAAGUGCGUGUGCAAGGACAGGAUGAGGCGGUGCUGCAGGACAGCUGGUGAUGCAGUGACGCGGUGCUGGGCUGCAGGCUGAGCAUGGGGAGCUGCAGCGGUGCGGGUUCUGGCCGCUCCCUGCAGCGCGGUGCUGAGCGCAGGGCUGUGUCAGCACGGGGCAGGGAGCAAGGGUGAGCGGGGCCGGGCUGGCAGCCUUGGCACCUGCCCCAGGCUCCUGUGGGCAAGGCCAAGGGGCUGCCCUGCUCCCCUCGGGGCUACCUGGCAGCUUGGCUUGGGGUCCUGGGGAUGUGGAGGGCUCAGCCGUCCCCUCUGUGGGAGGAGGGAUACUCCGUGCCCCUUCCCACCCCGUGGGCAGAUGGGGGUGGUGGCAUCCAGCGGUGCUGGCAGUCACAGGCCUGGCAGACCCCAUAGAGGGCUGUGGGCACAGGGGGGUGGGCAUCCUGCAUCCCAUCGACGAUCCCGCACUCACCGGAGCCUGGGUUGUGCCGUUGUGGUGGCGACGCCCUUUGCAGCCCCCCCCACUCCCAGGUGCUUUUUGCUCCGUCCAGCCCCACCCGACACCUCCCUGCAAACUUGCUGCGGCCGGUCCCAGCCCCGCCUGCCUGCCCUUCCUCACUGGGAGGAGGAGGAGGAGAAAGGGGAGGAGGAGGCUGUGGGCUGAGGCUGAAGGAACGCGUGGGAGCGCAGGGCUGCGGUUCAGUGGGACGGGACGGGACGGGACGGGACGGGAGGGCUCAACUCUCCCCACCACCAGUACACCGGGCUGCUCCAUGUCGAGGAGGCUGCGGAGGAGCAGGAGGGUGGUGCUGGAAAAGCCGUGGCAGAGCCUGGAGGAGAGAGGCAGCGCGCAGCCGGACCAGCACCCUGCACUCGCCAGAUCCAGAACCUACGACGCCUCCACCUGCAUCGAGACCCCGGAGGCAUCGGGUCAGCCAGGAUCCCCAAACCCGCUCAGCAAGCGCCGUGCUGCCUUCCACAAAGCCUUUGAGGAGAUCGCAGGGCGCGAGGCUCUGCUGGCCUGCUUCUCCUGCGCCUGGCAGCGCGAGGUGCCCUACCACGGCCGCCUCUAUAUCUCUUCUGGGCACCUCUGCUUCCACGCCAGCCUGCUGCUCAGGGACAUCAAGGCUGUUGUCCCGGUGGCUUCUGUCUGUGCCCUCAAGAAGACCAACACGGCGCUGCUGGUGCCCAACGCACUCAGCAUCCGCACGGAGCAGGGGGAGAAGUUCCUCUUUGUGUCACUGCGCCGGCGUGAGGCCACCUACCAGCUGCUGAAAUCGCUCUGCAGACACCUGCAGGACGAUGCCUGGAGCCCCCCAGCCUCUCCCCUCAACCACAGCACUGAGCAAAGCCCUAAGAAAUCCUUGACCUCGAGCCACUCAGACUUGGAGCGGUGCACACCAGAGCCUGAUGAUCUCCUGGAGCUGCAGGAUGAGCCGAACCCGACGCUGAACAGAGCAGAGGAGGAUGAGGAAGAAGAGGAGGAGAUGGCAGAGGACACUCCAGUUCUGGGCAGAGGGGGACCCCACACAGCACUGGCAGCCCAAAGCGCCGCACAGCUGCGUGCUUUCAACACCAUCAUCGUGCUCUACCUGCUGCUGAUGGUGGCCUUGCUGCUGACCUCGGGGUACAUCGGGCUGCGCAUCCUGGAGCUGGAGCAGCAGCUGGCGGCCAUGGGGGCUUGGCCAGAGCUCCGCCUGGUGCAGCGGCACAAGAAGACGUGAGGCCAGCAGGGACCUGGCUGACACCAGGCCACCAGCCCAUGGGACCGGCUCUGGGAUGCCCCAGAAGGUGGGGGGGGUCCCCGCAUACCUUCCAGCACCCCCAGGGAGCCCCCGCAGGCCGUGGGGCUCCAUCCCACCCCCUCCCCCCAUGCUUCACCCCCUGAACUCAUUGUGUGAGCACUGAUCUGAGGGCAAAGCCAGAGCCAGGCCCCCGCCCUGGGAGGCAGCCACCCCCAGGGGUGCGGGCACAGCGGGGCCUGGUGGGCACAGGGAGACUGAACUAUUUUUAUUAAUAAAGAGCUGACGUGGUGCUA